UGCUUUUGGGAAAGGUUCGCCAGCUCUAACUUUCGGCUUCAGCUUCUGGGAGAAGCCAGUGACAGUGCCACAUUUUUCUCUCUCUAGGAGAAUAAAAUCGUUUGCUUUGAUUUGCAUUAUCUCUCUCUAUAUAAGUCGAGAACCAGUCUACUGGUUUGCAUUUUCUCUCUCUAGUGAUGCACAAAAAAUACAGUCUUUUGAUUUGCAUGAGUGACUGAAAUCAGAGAUGGGUUCGAACUCGAAUUCACCAAGCAAGAGUCCUCUGGUUCUUUCAGAUGGAUUUGUGAUUAAACCCAGGGAUGUUUGCUUCACCUGUUUUGAGAGAGGUCACUGGGCUCGAGACUGCCCUGAGAAAUUGAAGAGAAAGAAAGUUUGCAAUGAGGGUUUGAGGAGAGAGGAUCGCCAUGAGAACCCAAAGAGAGAGGAUUCCUCUGUGUACUGGAAGAGAGAGAAUGGAGAAAUGGGUCCAAGCAAUGGUGAAGGAUCUUCUUUGGAGGUGCAGUGCCCAUGUGGUGGGGGGCCUUGCCCUGUUAGCAUCUCAAAGUCUCGACAAAACCCAGGAAGAAAAUAUUAUACAUGCCCUAUGUACCAACGAUGCGGAUUUUUUCAAUGGUGUGAUGUACCUUCCUUGCCACAAAGCGGGUCUAUGUUGAAGUUUCCAAUUUGUGGUUGUAGAGCCGGAGAAUGCAAGCUUUUUACUUCCAAAACUGAUAAGAAUCCCGGUCGCCAGUUCUUCGUUUGCCCCAUCAAAAAGGGUCAAGGAGCCUGCAACUUUUUCCUUUGGCUCGAGGACUACGAAAAAGGGCUUCCAGGAAGCAAUAUGAGUCCAAACAAGCGACCCAGAGAUGCCAUUUCUGAUGCUCAUUGCAAUGCAACAUCAAGCCCAAUAUUCGAACAUAGUCCUUCUCAAAUAUCGACAAAUACCAGCAAUGCUUUUUCUUGUGAUUCGGGCAAGUACCAGUCACUGUGUCCUAUGGGUGCUCAGCUUUCCAGUGAGAUUCUGUACCCACCAAUUGAGAAUCUUAGCAUACAAGAGACAACCUACCCACUGGACUGCGAAAAAGGGCUCCCACGAAGCAAGAUGAGUCCUAACAAACGACCUAGAGAUGCCAUUUCAGUCCCUUAUAGCGAUGAAGAAACUGGAACAACACCAAGCCCUCUAUCCAACCAAAUUCCUUACCACAUAUCAAUGGAUACAAACAAUGUUUUCCCCCCCAAUUUCGACAAGAACCUGUCACCGGGUUCUAUGGGCACUCAGUUUUUUGGCGAGAUUAGCUAUCCACUUAGAGAGAUUAGCUACACACUGAUCGAGGAUCUUGGAAGUAGUGAGAUCAGGUACCCACCAAUAGAGAGGCUCAGCAUAAGAGAAGAGCCAGUUAUGGCUGGGAAAUGCGAUGAUUGUGAGGGUGAUGGGCACUGGGAUAUGGGCAGUGUAAGGGAGCCUUCUUUUCGUUACUUAAAGUGUAGGAAAGGUUGGGAUUGGGUUUGCCCUCUGGUAUGAUACUGUAUUUAAGUCUUAGGGUGUGUUUGAUAACAAGAAGUUAGGGGGAGGAAGAAGAAACUUCCUCAUCAAUGUAUAUUCCCGGCAAAGAAGAACUUCUAAUUUUUAGGGGACAUUUACCUUCCAGUUAUCAAAGGGGCCCUUAAUGUAAAACUAAGUUGUGAAGAUAAGCUUUUGUUUUGGAAAA